AUGGAUCGUUCUCCAGUCCCCUUCCCGUCCUUGCUCCAUCAGGCAGAAGAGUCGCAAAACAUGGACUCGCGCCCCGCGAUUCCUUCACGCGUGCAUUCCUCUCCGUCUCUUCCCAAUCUUUGGCUUCCCGCUCAUAAUGGCCCGCUUCCUCACCAUCUGGCUCCCCGGCACCAAGUUCGCUAUCGCCCUCAUCUCCGUCCCCUCGACCUUGCUUCUUCUCCCACUUCUUCUCCUACCAAAUUGCGUGGCCCGUACGCGACUCCCGUCAAGGCUGAGCCUUCCCGCUCUCCUUCCCGCGUUCCCUCUAUGCUUACCCCGCCGCUCACUCCAUCCUCUUCCUUCAACUCCAACACUCACGAGGCGCCCUCGACUCCGCCUGAGGCAACCUCUCCGCUCCGCUGGAUCCACCAUGCGGUCGACUCCUUCUCCGACACCACUCUCAUCGCUGAUGCAGAUUAUUCUCCUACCAGCUUGAAGGGAAAUCGCUCGCUCCCCAGGGCCGGAUAUCUCACUCCCUCUAGCGGCCGUACGCACUCCAUUUCGUCAGAUGGCGAACCCAGCUAUUCUCCAGGUCUUUCUGGGCAAUCUGACGCAGCAGAUCUGGCUUCUGCAUUGGCUGCAGGUAUAUCCGACUUGGACUUGACCCCCCGCGACGAGAGGAAGCUUGCACUGAGCCAAGAGCACCCAUUGGAUGCGGUUAAUGACUUGAGAGUCACCGAGACGACUCCGAGUCGGUUCUUGAUGGUCAAGAAUGUCCCUCCCUCUACCUCUUUCGCGACGCUGCGGAUGGCGUUUUCGUCGAUGGGAGACAUCAAGGGCAUAUUCGUCCGUUUUCAGGUUUCUCAUAGUGUUAUCCUACUUGCCUUCUUUGAUGUGCGAGAGGCGACUCGCGCCAAGAGUCAGAUCUCUGGGCAGACCCUUCCGGGUUUGGAAGACGUCUGUCUCGAGGCGGGAUUCGUCACCGGAGAACAGCUUGAUAUUCUCACAGGCAGGUCCCCGUUCGUCACAGAGAUGGAUGGGGCCAUAUACGUCACUGUCGAAGACUGCGUCGUUGACGCUGCUAGCCUGCGCAAUGUGCUUGCGUCUUUCGGCGAGUUGAUAUCCUUUGAGGCCGUCGGAGCCGACCCGCAUGACCAGACAUACCUUGUAGAGUACUACGAUGUUCGCACUACGGCGUCUGUGUUCAAGCAACUCAACAAUCGCACUAUCCUGAAUGCUCGAUUGCGCCUCUCCAGGAAGGACACGGACCGAUAUCAGUCCGCGGACGACUCUUUAUUGGCAGCCGGUAGUUCUCAUCAGCCGGCCAUGUUCUCGCUGAAUGGUACAGCUCAGCAAGAGACUGAACGCUCUUUACAAGGGAGAGUGAGACCUCGCAGCGUCAGUGCCAGUGAAACCAUGGGCGCUCCUGAUGCCGUUUAUAGGUCGUGGAAGGGACGGGAGUCGCCUACAGAACACGGCAGGCGUCCUUCCAAUGAUCUGUUCUUUGACGCUAUUGGAAAGACUAGCGCUCUUCUUGAGACACCGUCCAGGCCAAGGAGCAUCAGUAUCGGUACUGACAAUAUGGUGCGGUCUACCCGCCCAGCGCUCGGGUAUAAUGCGAGUACUCCUGCGUACCACUAUUCGGAACACCCCUACUCUCAAGGCCAUUCUUCUGCCUCUGCCCCACUCUAUGCCGCUCCAUCGUACGCAUACUCGCAAUCGAUGUAUGCACCCGAGGUCCGAAUGUACGGGACCAUGGAUGCGGAUGUCGCGGCAAGCAGCCAUUGGGCGUUCGCCGCACCCCCUGCGCCGACGAUCGAGUACUACCUUCCUCCCUCGCCCCGCGUUGCAGCGUACCAGCCUUACCCCUCCACUCCGCGCAAGGCAGUGCACUCCGACCACCAGCGCCAGUAUCAGCAACAGGGGUACCCUGGACAGACAGACUUCGGCGGGAUCAGUGCAUACGGGACCACAUCUGACGUGCACGCCUUCCAUUCCUACACCGCCUCAGCGUUGGAUUUCUCUGAGCGAGACACGCAGGGUCAGCUGGGGGCAGCUAUGCAACAAGGCAACGACAAGAACCAGCUGAAUAUUGCGGCGAUUGAGGAGGGGAAAGAUAUGCGCACGACAGUCAUGGUCAAGAACAUCCCGAACAAGAUGAGCGACAAGGAUCUGAUGGCGUUCAUUAACAAGGUCUGCCCCAGGCGCAUUGACUUCUUGUAUUUGCGGAUGGAUUUCCAGAACGGUUGCAAUGUUGGAUAUGCGUUUGUGAAUUUCAUCUCGGUCGGCGAUCUGUUGCACUUCGCGAAGACGCAGCUUGGGGUCAAGUGGAACAUGUACUCGAGUGAGAAGGUCCUGCAGAUGUGCUACGCUACCUAUCAGGGAAAAGAAGCUGCUGUCGAGAAGUUCAAGAACUCCUGUAUCAUGGACGAGCGCGAGUCAUGGCGCCCCAAGAUCUUCUACUCCGAUGGGCCCAACCAAGGACUCCCUGAACCGUUCCCGCCGCCGACGCACCUCCGCCGCAAGGAACGCAGCUCGCAUAACCGCGGGGCGUUGUUUGUGCCGGGUGCGCACCAUGUCCAGGGACAGGGGCCGCACCGUGAUGGAGGUUCGACGUUGUACCAUUAUCGCGCACCUCCACCCAGGAUGUCGACGCGCUGA